AUGAAUGCUGACGAAAUUGUACGGCUAAAAAAGUCGUUGACGAAAGCGCUUGAAAGCGGAAGUACUAAUAAUGUCCUUGACAUAUUGAAUAGACUCAAGGAGAACUCCCCUACGAAAGAAGUUUUAAAGAAAACAGAAAUCGGUAUGAUUAUUGGAAAGCAACGCUUACACCCAAAUCCCGAAGUAGCAAAGCUUGCAAAAGAAAUUGUAAAGAAAUGGAAAGAUGCAGUCAGUCCAUCUAAAGUUAAUGAUACAUCUAAUGGCAAUGCUACACCGGGACAAAGUUCGAUGGUUAAUGGAAAACCAUCGCCUGGAAAACCCAAAAGAGAGAACACACAAGAUUCUUCAUCCUCAUCACCACCUAAUACACCAUCAUCAAUCGACUCUGAAAAACGAGAACGUAGUUUUGAUCGUGAUCGCCCUCCUUAUAAAAGUACAAACAUUUCUGCGAGAGAUAAAUGUGUAAAGAUGUUAUAUGAUUCAAUGGUAUUCGAUUCAUGCGCCGAUUCGGAUAUUAUUCUUUUGCGAGCUAUUACCAUUGAAAAAACGGUAUUUGAUCAAUUUGGGAGACAAGUAAUUGACAAAUAUCGAGAUAAGUUACGUGGAUUAAUCUCUAAUCUUAGAGAUAAAAAGAACCCAGGCCUUAGGAAACGUAUUGUUGAUGGGGAGUUACAGGCCGAAGCUUUUUGCACUAUGUCCAAGGAAGACAUGGCAUCAGAAGAGAAAAAAGCUAGAGACAAUGAAAUUCGGCAAGAAAAUCUUUUCAAGGCACUUGGUGCUGGGCCAACACAAGCUGAAACUGAUAUGUUUCUCUGUGGGAAAUGUCGUAAUCGCAAGUGGAAGUAUCUAACCGAUACACCAGUCAAAUAUAAUAGUCAAGGAAAUAAAAAGCUAGUAAAAGUCGAAUUGCACGCAUAG